GUAACAAGUUCCCAAGGGGGAACGUUACACAUCUUGGACUGUUUUCCAGCCGGUUGCUUUUAAGUGGUACACAGGAGUAGCUUACCGGAUGUUGAUAGAUUCACACCGAUUCACACGCGUUGAUGUUCAGAAUUAAAGGCGAUUUCUUCUCGAUGUAGCUUGUAACGUUAGUCAUUUGAACUAAACCUGAUAUUAUUAAAUCAGGAUGUCGGCGUCGUUGAUCAGGAGAGGACUGGAGCUGCUGAACGAUGAUAUUAAAGAUGUCAAAAAAGUCCAGAAGAAGAAGAAGCAGCAGACCCCCAGCUCGGCCAAGGUGAUGGAGCUGGUGAGCACGAGGCGACAGGGAGUCACCAAGCAGGUCAAACGGCUACAGGGUCGCCUGGGUCCCGGCAAGAGCAAAGCUACAGUCAAAGACAAGAGAAUCAAGUCUGCAGUGGAGGAGUUCAGGAAGAAGCAGGGGAAGAGUCACAUGAGCGAUAACCUCAAGUACUUCAUGGAAACUGGCUACAAAGCAACAGAUUCUGACACUUCGAAGAUCCUGAGCCACAAUUCGGGGAGACAGUCUCGGAAUCGGCCAGAGCAACCCACCAAGAAGGCCAAGGAGUCGCAGUCUUUGUUCACAGAGGAGGAGUUCCAGCAGUUCCAGAAGGAAUACUUUGGCAGGACUGUCGAGGAGAAGAAAUAAAGCGCAGCGAAACAAAGACGCUUCAGCCACAGUGGAAACACCAGGGCUCCGUUUUGUUGAUCAAAGUGGGUUUCUGGACCAGCUAAUGUUCUGGAAGUUCCAUUUCACAUGUCUAGACAAUGGAGCAAGAGAACUUUGAGGAUAAAUGUUUUUUGUAAGAUGAACCUGUGCUGGUGUUAUGACUGCAGACCCAUACUGUCGCAUACAGGGGACAUGAGAUCUACAGCGUUUGGAGUUUCAAUCCAAAAUGUGGUUUUGAAAGUACAGUGUCAUAUGCGUCAUCUCAUUUGAGUCACUUCCUUUUCACACAUUGAAAAUGUAACCUUCAUUAUAUUAAUACAAAUUCCACAACAAUAAAAUGUUUUGCAUUUAAA